AGGACAUGGAAACCCAUUCACUGACCUAAUUUUUGCCUCUCUUUGUAGUGGGUAAUAUGCUGAGUCAGGAAGCCACCGGUCGUUACAUGUGCGUUUCUGAGGAUGCUGGAAGUGUGAUGUUUGGAGUCACCCAUCCUGGUGUGUCCAGAGAGCCUGAGAGCCUGGCGAGCUUUGCAGCCUGGGGACCUCAGGUCUUCACCUCUGGUAAACAUUACUGGGAGGUGGAUGUCACAUGCUCCCCAAAUUGGAUUCUGGGAGUCUGUAAAGAUUCCUUGAUGAGUGAUACUGAUAUCAUUAGUGAUCCUGAGGCAGCAUUUCUUCUGUUUUCUUUGAAGAUAAACAAUCGUUAUAGUCUCUCCACCAACUCCCCGCCAUUAAUUCAGUAUGUGGAAAGUCCUCUGGGUCAGAUUGGAGUAUUUCUGGAUUACGACAACGGAACUGUGAGCUUCUAUGAUGUUUGCAAAAGUUCCCUCAUAUACAGUUUCCUUCCUUCCUCCUUCUCUUUCCCUCUGAAGCCUUUCCUUUGCUUUGGUUCCCUCUGAAAAAACAAGU